UUCAGCGCAAACGUGACGCAAAAUUAAUUAACGAUUUAUAAUUAUUAUAUUAUUAUAAUAAAAAAGUAACAAAACAGAAAUGGCGAACCAGGAUACAAAAGGAAAAUUAAUUGGUAUGAAGGUGUCUGGCGAGGGAAACCUAAAGCUGACACGAGAAGGAAAUGUGAAGAUGGAAGUUGUUUCAACCAACGGCAACGAAGCACAUGGAAUACUUCUUGAAAAUGGAGGAAAAGCGAAUAUAACGGAGAAAGCCAGUGCUUCUAUCAGAGUUGAAAAUCUGGAACAACCACCGCGAGGUCAAACUGAGGCUUCUAGAAAUCAGAAACAAGCCAAAGCAACUGGGAUAACAGUGAGAAACGGAAGCGAAUUGGUAAUGACAAGAGGGGGCAAUGCGAUUAUUUCCGUGGUUGCAAACGGUGACGCUAAAGGCAUUGAUAUUAACAAGGGGACAGCAGUUAUAACUGAAAGGGGUAACGCUAGAAUACAAGUUGGAUCCCAGCACCAUAUGCCGCAAUAUCAGAACGAGGUUUCCGGAUCUCAACAAGAAGAUACAUCAGUUCUGCAACAAAAGGUUUAUAUCAAAGUUAGAAACUCUGAAAAACACGUAACUGAACCAAAACAAGUGAAUCUAACAGACAAAGUUCAGAAACUACUGGAUGAAUACGGCGUUGUCGAAUAUUCCAUCUACUCCGGAGAAAGAACAUUAGACGCCAACAUGACUUUUAGGGAAAAUGAGGUCAAAGAAAAUGAUGUAUUGACUGUCGGAAAUGAAGUGAUUGUAACAAGCAACAAUGGAAAACCAAGAGAUAUUAAAAAAUAACCAUUUCCGUUAGACGAAAAACUAAUAGUCUAUCUGUUAUGCUAUAAUUUUUGAAUAGUUUAUUCCAAAAAUUUUGAUCCAAUGAUUUUUAUCACCUAUCAUAAAAUAUUAUUUUUCAAUUUGAGCUAUAUGAAAUACAUAGCUAUUUGAGGAUGAUUCCAUUUCAUUGUUAUUCCUUUGUUUUUAUUUUAGCCGAUGUGGAGAGGUGCUUUUUGUUUAUUUUUUUUUCUGAAUUCAUUCCUUUUAUGCGCGGUGCUUUUGCUUUAUUACUUAAUAUUCCUGCAUACAGGCAGGGGCGGAUCAUGUUCCUUCGGUGCCCUAAGCACUAAAGAAAUUGGUGCCCUUCAUGUGUAAU